AGAAGAUGGAAGUAGAGUGGUAAUUAAAGACUCUGGUCAUCUCCCGAGAGAGAGAGUAGCUGAGGAUUUUGUUUGGGCUCAAUGGGAUAUGUCAGAGCAGAGAUUAUACUACAUUGACCUAAAGAAAUCAAGGAGUAUUUUAAAAUGCCUCCAGUUUUCUGUUGAUGAGAAAUUUAACUUAAUGUUUGAAGCACCCUUGGAUAUAACAUUAAGUGACUCAGGAUUUAAACUUGUAAACUUUGGAUGUGAUGAUCUUCAAGACCAAGAGAACUUAUCGAAACACCUGACCCUGUGCGUUUUUACCAACCAUACAGGAAGUUUAUGUGUGUGUUACAGUCCGAAGUUUGACUCUUGGGAAAAAUUCACAUAUUCAGUGUUUUACUUUCAUAAAGGGCACGGCAAGACCUUCACUGCUGCUCUUGGGAGUGUUGACUCACAUGUGACAAAGGGCCUUACUUUUCUCAACCUUGACUAUUACUUGGCUGUUUACUUACCUGGUCAUUUUUUUCAUCUACUUAACAUUCAACAUCCAGACCUAAUCUGCCACAGUUUGUUUCUGACAGGAAACAGUGAAGUUGUUGAUAUGCUACCUCAUAGUCCUUUACAGUCACUGUCAGGGUCCCUGGUACUGGAUUGGUGUUCUGGAAAGCUCUAUAGGGCACUCCUCAACCAGUCAUAUUUAUUACAGUUCCUAUGGAACACUCGGCUAGACUGUGAGAAGAUGGCUGUGUUGCACUGUGUGCUUUCCUGUGGUGGAGACCGCCGGUUCCUGGAAGCCAAGGAGCAGAAACUUGAGAGUGCUUUGUGGCUAGGUAAGCCUGAUAGUAUCCUUUCAUUGGAAGGCUGGGAACAAGGAGUUUCAGUCCUCCAGCAGGAAAGGAUGGUUGUGGAGACUGAGGGAGUUGUUGAUACAGCAUGCCCUUGGGAGGACCAUAUAGUGAUGCUCACAAAGGUUAGAUGGUGUGACAAUGUUCACACUGAUGGCUUAGCUGGAUUCAAACCCAGGUCUGCUGCCUCCAAGCUUAGUGGUGUGGUUUGGUUUGAUUUUCUCCUGUAUCUCACAGCCCUUCACACUGCUUCUUCAUAUUGGAGCAUAUGUCCAGAGACCAGUAACAUGGAUAAACUUUUGCCAUAUUCCUCAGUGCUCACUUGGAAUACAGAAAUUCCUGGAAUAACCCUUGUGACAGAAGAGAUCGCGUUGCCUUUCAUGAAGGUGCAUAGUUUUAAGGGUUACUGGGAAAAACUGAACUCCAACCUGGAAUAUGUUAAGUACUCCAAGCCACACUUGCACUAUAACAACAGCAUGGUCAGGAGAGAAUGGCACAGCCUGAUCUCAGAAGAGAAAACAGGAAGAAGAAGGUCCAUGGUGUAUGUGAAGAAUAUUCUUGAUAAUGCAACGAAGGUGAUUUCUAACCUAGAAGCAAGGAAUUUGGAGCCAAGAUUAACACCCCUCUUCCAGGAGGAGGACAACCACCAGAGACUGCUUAUGGGUCUGCUGGAUCUCGUCUGCCAGAUAAUGGAAACCAGUUGGAGAAAACACAGUCUUCACCCCUGUGUUCCCCACUUCAGUGGGAGGGCCAGUGCAGCUGAAUUUAAAGUCUUUCACAUCAUGACCAGGAUUCUGGAAGCUACCAAGAAUUUGUUUUUACCGCUGCCUCCCGGUUUUCACACUCUGCACACGAUCCUGGGUGUCCACUGUCUCCCUUUGCACAACCUGCUGCAUUACAUUGAUAGCGGAGUGUUGCUUCUCACGGAAACAGCUGUCACAAGGCUCAUGAAAGAUCUGGACAAUACAGAGAAAAAUGAAAAACUAAAAUUCAGCAUCAUUGUGCGGCUUCCCCCGCUUAUUGGUCAGAAGAUCUGUCGACUUUGGGAUCAUCCUAUGAGCUCUAACAUUAUUUCCCGGAACCACGUGAAGAGACUGCUGCAGAACUAUAAGAAAAAGCCCCCAAGUUCCGUGAUUCACAAGUCGUCAUUCAGUGUGGAAUUUCUGCCUCUGAACUACUUCGUUGAAAUACUGACAGACAUAGAAUCCUCCAAUCAAGCCCUGUAUGCUUUUGAAGGACAUGACAAUGUGGACGCAAAAUUUGUAGAGGAAGCAGCUCUGAAACACACCAUGAUGCUUUUAGGCUUGUAAAAGAGAGAAUGCAAUUAUACCCGCCUCCAAUAGUUUAAUCUUGCUCAUUAGCUUGACCUCUGUCAGGAAUCCUUGACCAAUAUUUAAAAUUGGUAACCAAAGUCAGAAUGCAUUGUCAAGCCGUCUGACUUUCAGUCUGGUACUUGUUGAGACAGAAUCAAACUGCUGUGCCUCAUCCCAGUUUUGGACAGCAGACAAGAGGUCAGUGACCGACAGUCCCAGGAGGCACGCAGUGUCAUCAGUGAUGCUCUUCCCUAGUGGCUUACCUUCCUAAUGGCUUCCUAGGCCAAAAGCUAGUUUCUGUUGCACUCUGAAAUAAAAUAUGCUUUAAAAAAAUGUAGGGAACAGUGUGUAGAAAAACAGAAACUAGAUGUGUCGUUGAAAACAACAUAGGACAAGCAGAAAAAUUAAAUGUUACAUAAGAACUGUAUUUGGAAAGAGGAUACUUUUUAAAGAGCUGAAUUUGGACCAGGUCAAAUCUGCUAUUUCUAGAAUAGAAUAAUUUGUAACAUACGGCAGUGUGUACAUCCAGUAUUUAGAGUAGGAUUUGUUUUUAUAAUGGUUCAGAUGGAACUGUAUGUAUAUG